CAUAAUGCCAAAAGUUAACAUCAAUAGAGAUCACCUUUUCAAACGUCUUGGUAAAGUUUAUACUCAAGAGGAAUUUGAAGAUCUUUGCUUCCAAUAUGGUGUAGAGUUAGAUGAAGUUACCUCAGAAAGAGAUAUGAUUUUAAAGGAAACUGGUGUUGAAGAUAAGGCAGCAUCAGAUGAAGUUAUUUAUAAAAUUGAUGUUUCAGCAAACAGAUAUGAUUUAUUAUGUAUUGAAGGUAUUGCAAGAUCAUUAAAUGUUUACAAUGGUAAAUUAUCAAUUCCAAAAUAUCACAUUGUUCCACCAGUUAAUGGCACUCACGAAAAAUUAAUUGUCGAUAAAAGUGUUGAAGGUGUUAGACCAGUUAUUGUUGCUGGUAUUCUCAGAAAUAUUGAAUUCACUCAAGAAACAUAUGACAGUUUCAUCGAUUUACAAGAAAAACUUCACGCUAAUAUUUGUAAAAAGCGUGCUUUAGUUUCAAUUGGUACUCACGAUUUAGAUACAGUUAAAGGUCCAUUCACUUAUAAAGCACUUCCACCAAAAGAAAUUAAAUUUGUUCCAUUAUCACAAACUAAACAAUUUGAUGCUGAAGAAUUAUUCAACUUUUAUGAUACAACCAAUUCACACUUAAAGAAAUAUCUUCAUAUUAUUAAAGAUUCAGCAGUUUAUCCAGGUAUUUACGAUAGUAAUAAUGUUUUAUUAUCAUUACCACCAAUUAUUAAUGGUGAACACAGCAAAAUUAAAUUAAGCACCAAAAAUGUUUUCAUUGAAGUUACAGCCACUGAUAGAACUAAAGCAAAUAUUGUUUUAAAUACAAUGUUAACUAUGUUUGCUGAAUACUGUAAAAUCCCACACAGUAUGGAACAAGUUGAAGUUGUUGAAGCCGACGGUAAAUCAGCCCUCUAUCCACAAAUCGAAGAAAAGCAAAUCUCUGCUGAUGUUGAUUACAUUAAUAAAAGUAUCGGUAUUAAUAUUCAACCAACCGAAAUGGUUUCAAUGUUAAAACGUAUGUCAUUAGAAUCAAAAUUAUCAUCAGACUCAAAAUCUGUUACUGUUUCAGUCCCAGUUACUAGAUCAGAUAUUAUGCAUGCAUGUGAUGUUAUGGAAGAUGUUGCAAUUGGUUAUGGUUAUAAUAAUUUAGUUAAAGAAAUCCCAAAAACUCACACACAAGGUAGAAUUCAACCAAUUAAUAAACUUUCAGAAUUAUUAUCAGCUGAAGUAGCAUUAGCAGGUUUCACAGAAAUUAUGACCUUUGUUUUAUGUCAAAAUCAAGAUAACUUUGGUGGUUUAAAUAAGGUUGAAGAUGGAUCAAGUGUUAAAAUUGCUAAUGCAGUCUCUGAAGAAUUCACAGAAGUUCGUACCAAUUUAAUCAACUCUUUAAUGAAGAGUGUUGUUUCAAACAAAGCUGCACCACUUCCAUUAAAAUUAUUCGAACUUUCAGAUGUCUCUGUUAAAGGUAGCACUGGUAAUAAAGAUUUAACCGAUCCAAAUAGUAACAAUAGUGAUGUUGGUGCUUACAACAAGAGAAUGUUAGGUGCUAUCUAUUGUGCCAAUAGUGCUAAAAUCGAAGUUAUCCAUGGUCUUUUAGAUCGUGUCAUGUUAUCAUUAAAUAUUAAACCAGAUACCACUAGAUCAGGUAAAGGUUACUACUUGGAAAUUGGUACCGAUAAAGUUUUCCUUCCAGGCACUUGUAUUAAUAUCAUUGUUAAUGGUAAAAAAGUUGGUUAUAUGGGUAUCAUCCAUCCAAUUGUUUUAAAGAAUUACGGUUGUCCAUUCCCAUGCACAGUUUUAGAAUUGGAAGUUACAAUGGAUUUAGCUAAAAAUAUUAUUUACCAAGAUUAAAUAUAAUCAAUAAUAUUACUAUAAAAAAAAAAAAACAAAAAUAAAAAUAAUUAUAUUAUUAUGAAACU